AUGAAGGUUUUAACUGCAAUCGCCGGCGCCGCGUCACUGGCCAGCUUCGCCUUGGCAGAGCCGUCUUGGCACAACCUUACCAUCACGGCCCCGCAGUACGGGCGCUACCUGUACCGUACCGAAUCCGAGGAGCCGUUCUUCUGGAAGGCCGACACCGCGUGGGAGCUCACGCACCGCCUGAACAAGACGUCCAUCGACUUCUACCUCAAGACCCGCGCCGAGCAAGGCUACAAUGUGGUGCUGUCCGUCGUGCUUUCUGCUUACAACGGCACCACGCGCCCCAAUUUCUACGGCGACCUCCCGUUCAACAACGGGGACACGACGCAGUUCAAUGAGUCGUACUUCGAGCUCAUUGACUGGACCGUGGACCUCGCUGCAAGCUACGGCAUCUUGAUGGCGCUGGUGCCUGCGUGGGGCAACUGGAUCAGUGGCGCCUGGCACGGCACCAAGGAGUCACUCUUCAACGACUCGACUGCGUACGAGUGGGGCAAGUACGUCGGCGAGCGGUACCCGGGGCUACCGAAGAUACUUGGAGGCGACACCAACUGCUUCUGGGUGCGCAACACGACUGCGGCCAUGAUAUCGUAUGCUGAGAGCCCGACGGUGGACCCUGCUACGCUGCUGGGGCCUGUGGAAGAUACCACUCAUCUUUGGCUGAGCAUGCGCUCUGGCGUCAAGGACGCGGAGAGCGCGCAAGGCUACGAGCCCGUGAUUCUCUUCCACCCCACUGCCGGUAACAUCGAUAGACCGGUGCAGACCCCUGAAGCCUACGGUCACCUUCAAUUCCCCAAGGAAGAGGACCGUGUGUCCAUUGACGCGGUUCAAUCGGGCCACGCCACACCGGAGGCGCUCGGCGGGUUCACUCCUUACAAGACCUGGGACUCGACGAAGAAUUACGAGCUGAUUGCGGCAAUGCGCGACGGAUUCACGGGCCCAGUACUGGACCUGGAGAACCACUACGAAGGAGCUCAUGACAACCUGGAUGCCAGUGUUGCGAUGAUCUGGAACGCGUCGCAGGUCCGCACGGGCCUAUACAACAAUGUGUACGCUGGAGCUGCAGGCUUCACCUAUGGUGCUAACAGCGUGUGGCAGAUGUACGAGCCCGCGGUCAACCUGCUCCGCGAAAGCGACUAUUACUCGCCAUCGUCGGGUGAAAAUGCUUCGAGUUCGUGGAGGAAGGACCUCUUCUUUGAGGCGGGCCAACAAGCUCAAUACGUGACUAAGCCCCUGCAGAACCUCUCCGUCGCUCAACUGGAGCAGCUUGAACCUGCACGUCAACUGCUCGCAAGCCCCAGCGGAUACACCGACGUCGCUGUGAACGCAUUUGGCAGCACGCGAUUCAUUUCCGUGCUGGCGUCCGAGACGCGCGACCGCUUCUACGUCUACACUGGCCAUGGCGACUCGUUUAGCCUUGAGCUCGGCAACGGGUCGGAGCGCUCGGGAACGGCUCGCUGGUUCUCCCCGCGCGAUGGCGAAUUCCACUCGGACUCGACCGUGAACGUCCCUGCCAACGCCACUCAUGUGGACUUCACGCCUCCGUCGGGAGGCACUGUGGACGACGACUGGCUCCUUGUGCUGGAGUUCUAA